UCUCUCUCUCUCUCUCUAAAUCACAAACUCUCCAGUGUUCAUAAUUGUACCUCACCCUAUCUACGUUUCUAUUCGUUGCUCUGCCAGGCGCGCAUUUCUAACGUGCCGAAGAAUCUCUCUCUCUCUACCUUGCCGAAGACUCUCUCUCCAUAUCUCCGACGGAAUUUCAGGUUCCGUUCAAACUUUUUGGCGUCAAAUUCAGAUCUCAGCUCUCUCUCUCUCUCUCUCCUUAAGUUCCCGCUUCUAAUUCGUCGAAGAUCCAUCCCUCUCUCCUCUCUCCUCUCUCCUCUCUCUCUUCCCUGUCAAUCCAGCGCUUAUAAUUAAUCGAAAAUCCUCUCUAUCUCUCUCCAGGUCUCUGUGAACUUGGACACGAAAGUCAGGUCUCUCUCUCUCUCCCUCGAAUUUCAGGUUUUAUUGAUCUCUUCGGCUUGAAAACAAGGUCUCUCUCUCUCUCUCUCCUUUCCUCUCCCUCUCUCUCUCUUCGCUAUCAAUCGGGUUCAUCUUACUUGUAGAAAAGUCUCUCUCUCUCUCUCUCUCUCAUUUCAGAGCUCUCUUGAACUUCUUCGACACGAGCUUCAUGUCUCGUUCAAUCUCUUCGGCGUGAAAGUCAGGUCUCUCUCUCUACUAAAUUCAAGUCAUUCUCUCACGUCAACCUGAAUUUCAGAUUGACUCCCCAAGAUGCUGACAUAUGGUUUCAUUGAAGAGAAGAAUGAUUCCGCUAAGGAUUUCACUACAGAGGUCUUUGUUGAUCCAGGGCAACCAGCACCUUUGACUUGGCAUCGCAAAAUAAACACUAACCGGGAUGCCCUUUCAGAAUUCACUCUUACUAUGCUUGAAAAGCUGAAGAUGGCUAGUUUAGGUAUUCGAAUGUGGCGCCAUAUCAACGAAGAACAUUCUAAAGGACGGACAGCUGUUAUUGAUCCGUUUAAUCCACAGAUAAAGCAUACAUCUUGUCAUGGCAUCCCUCUUGGUGGGAUUGGUGCAGGAAGCAUCGGGAGAAGUUACAAAGGCGAGUUUCAACGCUGGCAACUGUUCCCUGGAAUUUGUGAAGAUGAAGCUGUCUUGGCAAACCAAUUUUCUGUUUUCAUUUCACGUCCAAAUGGGAAAAGUUUUUCUACUGUAUUACACCCUGGUCGCCCAGAUGUGCUCAAAGAUCAUACUAUUUCAGGCAUUGGAUCUUGGGAUUGGAACCUUAAUGGGGAACAUUCUACUUACCAUGCUUUAUAUCCAAGGGCUUGGACAGUGUAUGAAGAUGAACCUGAUCCAGAUCUUAAAAUAGUAUGCAGACAGAUUUCACCAAUUAUUCCAAAUAAUUAUCGGGAGAGUAGUUUACCUGUAACCGUAUUCACAUUCACGCUAAUAAAUUCUGGGAAGGAUGCUGCCGAUGUCAGCUUACUUUUCACAUUUGCUAAUUCUGUUGGGGGACAAUCAGAGUUCUCUGGCAAUCAUCUCAAUUCCCAACUGAGGAUGAUGGAUGGUGUGCGUGGAGUGACUCUAUGCCACAAGGUGGUAAAUGGGCAACCAGAAGUAACAUUUGCUAUAGCAGCCCAAGAGACCAAUGAUGUUCAUGUCUCUGAAUGCCCCAGCUUUGUGAUCUCUGGAAAUUCUCAAGGAUUCUCAGCAAGAGACAUGUGGCAUGAAGUUAAAGAGCAUGGAUCAUUUGAUCGGCUUAUUUCCAGUGCCACAACCAUACCUUCGGAACCAGAAUCAUCCAUUGGAGCUGCUGUGGUAGCCUCAGUUACUGUUCCACCUCACACAGUUCGAAAUGUUACAUUUUCUCUAGCAUGGGCAUGUUCUAAAGUCAAAUUUCCUAGUGGAAAAAUUUAUCACAGGCGGUACACCACAUUUUAUGGCACUCAAGGGGAUGCUGCGGCCAAACUUGUACACGAUGCUAUUCUAGAGCAUGGCAGUUGGGAGUCCCAAAUUGAAGCAUGGCAAAAGCCAAUUAUACAAGAUAAAACCCUUCCAGAAUGGUACCGCAUCACCCUUUUCAACGAGUUGUACUAUCUUAAUGCUGGAGGAACAAUUUGGACAGAUGGGUUACCUCCUAUCGAGAGUCAAGUUUGUGUAGAAGAUAGAAAGUUCUCCCUAGACAAAUCAAAUUUUGAGAACACCACUUCCUUAGGUCGUGAAAAUGAUACUGCAAUUGGGAUCCUCGACCGAAUGACAUCCAUACUAGAAGAAAUGCAAAAUCCAAGCACAGCUAAUUCAGCCUUUGGACCCACAUUACUCCUAAAGGAUGAGGAAAACAUUGGGCAGUUCCUCUAUUAUGAGGGCAUCGAAUAUCACAUGUGGAAUACUUAUGACGUCCAUUUCUAUGCAUCAUUUGCAUUAAUCAUGCUCUUCCCAAAGCUUGAGCUAAGCAUCCAAAGAGACUUUGCUGCUGCGGUGAUGAUGCAUGAUCCAGAGAGAAUGAAAACCCUACAAGAUGGUAAGUGGGUCCCACGAAAGGUUCUUGGUGCAGUCCCCCAUGACCUAGGGCUAAACGACCCCUGGUUUGAAGUGAACGCUUAUAACAUUCAUGAUGUGAAUAGAUGGAAGGAUUUGAAUCCAAAAUUUGUUCUCCAAGUUUACAGAGACAUGGUAUUCACCGGAGAUAAAUCAUUUGCUCAUUCAGUGUGGCCUUCUGUCUAUAUGGCGAUGGCUUAUAUGGACCAAUUCGACAAGGAUAGAGAUGGGAUGAUUGAGAAUGAAGGCUUUCCUGAUCAAACUUAUGAUGUGUGGUCAGUGACUGGUGUUAGUGCAUACACUGGGGGGCUUUGGGUGGCGGCCUUGCAAGCGGCUUCUGCAAUGGCCCAUGAGGUUGGUGACAAUGCUUCUGCAGAUUAUUUUUGGCAUAAGUUUGAGAAUGCAAAACGUGUUUAUGGGACAUUAUGGAAUGGUUCUUACUUCAAUUAUGACAAUAGUGAUGGCGCAUAUAGUUCGUCCAUUCAAGCCGAUCAAUUAGCAGGGCAAUGGUAUGCAAGGGCAUGUGGGCUUGUACCAAUUGUUGAUGAUGAGAAAGCACAAAGUGCACUGGAAAAAGUGUAUCAGUUCAAUGUGUUGAAGUUGGGUGAUGGUAAGAGAGGAGCUGUCAAUGGAAUGCUACCAAAUGGAACUGUUGAUAUGAGCACCAUGCAAUCUAGAGAGAUAUGGACGGGAGUGACAUAUGCUGUGGCGGCUGCUAUGAUUCAAGAAGGCAUGGAAGAUUCUGCAUUUAAGACAGCAGAAGGAAUCUAUGAAGCCUCUUGGUCUCCAGAGGGGCUUGGGUACUCUUUCCAGACUCCUGAAGCUUGGAACACAAAUGGUGAAUUCCGAUCGUUAUCUUACAUGCGCCCUCUCGCCAUCUGGGCAAUUCAAUGGGCCCUCUCUCCUCCCGUUUUGAACAACAAAACUCAAAAGCCUAGAAAAACAACGGAUAGCUCUCUCAAACAUCAUGUGGGUUUCUCAAAGGUUGCGGAGUUACUUAGAUUACCAAAAGAGGAAAGUGCUCCCGGCUUAUUGAAAUAUCUCUACGAUUGCACUUGCAGAAGAUUUAGGCACUGAUCCAACAAGAAGUUUCAUGGUUUAUGAAUAUUUGCCAAAAGAUCAAGGAAACGGCUGUCAUCAUAUCUAUAUUCUAUAAUUGGUUAGAGUCCUAUAGAGCACAGUCUGAUAUGAAAAGGGGUAGCCAUGAAUGGCUUGUAUACAUAUUUAUUUAUGAUUUGCAAAUGCAAAUGACUCUGCUUCGAUGCAUGAAUGGCCUGUAAGGGUUUCCCGAAAUGGAAAUAUUGAUUUUGUAGUACUUUAUAUAAUUAUUUACUACUGGGAAAAUCUGGUUUAAUGCAUGAUA